CGGCGGCGGCAGCCCGGGCCCGGCCCCAUGGCGCGGGGGGACGCUGGCCGCGGCGGCGGGCUCAUCGCGCUGACCUUCUGCCUGCUGGCCGCGCGCGGGGAGCAGCCGUUGCCCCGGAAGACGACCGUGUCGCUGAGCUGUGGAGCAGGGCCGCUGCAAGUGAUCCUGGGCCCGGAGCAAGCCACGGUGCUGGACUGCGGUCUGGGGGCGGCUACUGCAGGACACCCCCCCAGCGUCACGUGGAGCAAGGAUGGAGGCGUCCUGCCCGAGCACAACCACCUUCGCCUGCUACCCAAUGGCUCCCUGUGGCUGUCCCAGCUGCCAACUCCCGACGGCACUGACCCUGGGGCUUCAGAGGUCAUUGAGGGCAGCUAUUCCUGCCUGGCCCGCAGCCCCGUUGGAGUGGUGGCCAGCCAGGCUGCGGUGGUCAAGCUUGCCACACUUGCAGGCUUCUCCCUGCACCCGCAGUCUCAGACGGUAGAGGAGAACGGGACCGCUCGGUUUCAGUGCCACAUUGAAGGGCUGCCAGCACCUGUCAUUACUUGGGAGAAGGACCAGGUGACGUUGCCUGAGGAGCCUCGGCUCAUCACCCUUCCCAAUGGGGUCCUCCAGAUCCUGGACGUUCAGGAAGGUGAUGCAGGCUCCUACCGCUGCGUGGCCACCAACUCCGCAAACCAGCGCUUCAGCCAGGAGGCCCUCCUCCGCGUGGCCCACAGAGGGUCCCUGGCAUCCAUCGGGGGGCAGGACGUGGUCAUUGUGGCAGCCCCGGAGAACACCACCGUGGUGUCUGGCCAGAGUGUGGUGAUGGAGUGUGUGGCCUCUGCUGACCCCACCCCUUUCGUGUCCUGGGUCCGACAGGAUGGGAAGCCCAUCUCCACCGAUGUCAUCGUCCUGGGCCGCACCAACUUACUAAUCACCAGCGCGCAGCCCCGGCACUCUGGCGUCUACGUCUGCCGAGCUAACAAGCCCCGCACGCGCGACUUCGCAACCGCAGCCGCAGAGCUCCGCGUGCUGGCCGCCCCUGUCAUCUCGCAGGCGCCGGAGGCGCUGUCGCGGACGCGGGCGAGCACCGCGCGCUUCGUGUGCCGCGCGUCCGGGGAGCCGCGGCCCACGCUGCGCUGGCUGCACGACGGAGAGCCGCUGCGGCCCAACGGGCGCGUCAAGGUGCAGGGCGGCGGCGGCAGCCUGGUCAUCACGCAGAUCGGCCUGCAGGACGCCGGCUACUACCAGUGCGUGGCCGAGAAUGGCGCGGGCACGGCGUGCGCCGCCGCGCCUCUGGCAGUCGUGGUGCGCGAGGGGCUGCCCAGCGCCCCCACACGGGUCACCGCCACGCCGCUGAGCAGCUCCGCCGUUCUGGUGGCCUGGGAGCGGCCCGAGCUGCACAGCGAGCAGAUCAUCGGCUUCUCCCUCCACUACCAGAAGGCACGGGGCAUGGACAAUGUGGAAUACCAGUUUGCAGUGAACAAUGACACCACUGAGCUACAGGUUCGGGACCUGGAACCCAACACAGACUACGAGUUCUACGUGGUGGCCUACUCGCAGCUGGGGGCCAGCCGCACCUCCACCCCAGCACUGGUCCACACACUGGAUGAUGUCCCCAGUGCAGCGCCCCAGCUCUCCCUGUCCAGCCCCAACCCCUCGGACGUCAGGGUGGUGUGGCUGCCCCUGCCCCCCAGCCUGAGCAAUGGGCAGGUGGUGAAGUACAAGAUAGAGUACGGUUUGGGAAAGGAAGCAGAUCAGAUUUUCUCCACCGAGGUGCCAGGGAACGAGACACAGUUUACACUGAACUCGCUUCAGCCCAACAAGGUGUAUCGAGUGCGGAUUUCGGCCGGCACAGGGACCGGCUACGGGGCCCCCUCCCAGUGGAUGCAGCACAGGACGCCCAGUGUGCACAACCAGAGCCACGUCCCUUUUGCCCCUGCAGAGCUGAAGGUACGGGCGAGGAUGGAGUCCCUGGUCGUAUCAUGGCAGCCACCCCCUCACCCCGCUCAGAUUUCUGGCUACAAACUGUACUGGCGAGAGGUGGGGACAGAGGAGGAGGAGGCAGAUGGUGAGGGCCCUCCAGGGGGCCGUGGAGACCAGGCUUGGGAUGUGGGGCCUGUCCGGCUCAAGAAGAAAGUGAAGCAGUAUGAGCUGACCCAGCUAGUCCCUGGCCAGCUGUACGAGGUGAAGCUCGUGGCAUUCAACAAACACGAGGAUGGCUAUGCGGCAGUGUGGAAGGGCAAAACGGAAAAGGCUCCCACCCCAGACCUGCCCAUCCAGAGAGGGCCACCCCUGCCCCCCGCCCAUGUCCAUGCGGAAUCAAACAGCUCCACAUCCAUUUGGCUUCGGUGGAAAAAACCAGACUUCACCACAGUCAAGAUUGUCAACUACACUGUGCGCUUCAGCCCCUGGGGGCUCAGGAAUGCCUCGCUGGUCACCUAUUACACCAGCUCUGGAGAAGACAUCCUCAUUGGCGGGCUGAAGCCAUUCACCAAAUACGAGUUUGCGGUACAGUCCCACGGCGUGGACAUGGAUGGGCCUUUCGGCUCCAUAGUGGAGCGCUCCACCCUGCCUGACCGGCCCUCCACACCCCCAUCUGACCUGCGCCUGAGGCCCCUGACGCCAUCCACCGUUCGGCUGCACUGGUGCCCCCCCUCAGAGCCCAACGGCGAGAUCGUGGAGUAUCUGAUUCUCUACAGCAGCAACCGUACCCAGCCUGAGCACCAGUGGACCCUGCUCACCACCGAGGGAAACAUCUUCAGUGCUGAGGUCCAUGGCCUCGAGAGCGACACUAGGUACUUCUUCAAGAUGGGGGCGCGCACGGAGGUGGGGCCUGGGCCCUUCUCUGGCCUGCAGGAUGUGAUUACUCUCCAGGAAAAGCUCUCAGACUCUUUGGACGUGCACUCUGUCACGGGCAUCAUCGUGGGCGUCUGCCUGGGCCUCCUCUGCCUCCUGGCCUGCAUGUGCGCCGGCCUGCGCCGUGGCCCCCACCGGGCAAUGGGAGGAAGAAGCCGCCCCCAGCCUGCAGGAACCAGGUGGAGGCCGAAGUCAUUGUCCACUCUGACUUUAGUGCAUCCAAAGGGAACCCUGACCUCCACCUCCAAGAUCUGGAACCUGAGGAUCCGCUGCCUUCAGAGGCUGCUGACCUCACUUUGGGUGUUAUGGAUCUCAGGCAAGGGGCAGACUGGCUGGACAGGGAGCUGGGAGGGUGUGAGCAGGCAAGCCCUGGGCCAGACAGACUUACCUGCCUGCCAGAGGCAGCCAGUGCUUCUUGCCCCUACCCGGACCUCCAGCCCAGUGAGGCUCUGCAGGAGGCCCCAGGGAACAGCUGCCAGCCAAAGGCCCCCCGCCCUCCAGCGGCCAGCCCAGGCCUGCCCAGAGCCCCAGUCUCCUCCUCUGCUUAGCUCCCUCAAGGGCACAGUUUGGGGCAGGCUGGUAUGGAUCAUGGGACAUGACAUGUGUGGCCACACAUGUACACGUGUCUGCCUGCAGGUACUGACCAUCAUCAAGCCAUUUGGAGCCUCCUAGGGUGCUUUGGCUCAGGGGAGAGGAAGAAGUGGAUUAUUCACUCUUCCCCACCCAUGCUCUGUGACACGUGUGGUAGGCGAGAGACACGUGAGGCACAGCUAUACGUGCUGUACACGUGUGAAGCGCGUGUGCGUGUGCUGGUUGGUGAGCUGGGAAACCUUGGCCCGGGCAGUGGUCACUACGGCCUACUCCGUCCUCCAGGUCAGGACAGUGCCCAGCCCUGUGGGCCCCCACCUCCGUCACCCAGCCUUUUAUUACACACUCUGAGAGUGUCUCCAGUGCCCUGUCUGACAGAGACAGCCCCAGCCCACUUCCUGUCUGGCUGGGCUGAGUGCAAGCAGGCUCUGAAUGCCUAACGCUUUAGCUGCAUCACCUCUGCCAUGUCCCCGGUGCCCAAAUUGAGAGGGUGACUCUGGCUCCCCUCAGAGCAACUCUGCAUCUAGUGUUGUAAUUGGGGAAGUGCCUGGUUUUGAAAAUCUGCUUUCUCUUGCUCUCCCCUCCUUCCUCCCCGCUCACUCCUCUAGUGUCUGUCUCCCAGUCGCCCUGCUCUCCCAAUCCUAGUGCCCUUCUCUUCCUCCCUGAUACCCUUUCCUCUCCUCUCUGCGCUCUCUCUGCCUCCUCUUUCCGUCUGUCUCUGCUGUCUCUCCCACCUCUCCCACACUGUGUCAUGUGGUUCUCCUGCCUGGGUUCAAUCUCUGCAUCCUUCCCUAACAACGUGACUACCUCAUGUCUGUUCAAGGCCAGAGCAUGACUCCUGUGUCUGCCAUCCACUUCAGCCGUCAUCCUCCCACCCCCUUCCCAUCUGUGCCUCCGUUGGCCCCCUCCCCAGGCAAACUGCCUACCCCCAGUGCAGGUUUGGAAAAGACCUUUCAGCUUCCCUUGCAUCUUUCUGCCUGUGAUUGAGAUCGGAGGGCUCUCCUUGGAGGGGAUAAAUGCAAGUCAUACAAGGGGGUUUUUGAGACAAGGAAAGGGGAACACGACCCAGAAGCUUGGGGUAAAAUUACUCCCUCCCUUCUAGGAAGGCAGGCAGAUUUGCUGGACGGAGGGGUUUGGGGACCUUCCUUCCCAGUUGAAGCUAGAAGGGUAGAAGGGGAUGGAAAUUAGGGGUUCCAUGGCCCCACCGCUUCCCACUCUGUGCACCUUGAACAUGAGCUGACGGUGGAAGGAAUCUCAUCCUCUUGCGGUGCUGGAAGGGAGGACUUCACACAGGACAAGGGUGAUGGGCUCAUUUCAUUUUGUCUUUUCUUUAAAUUCAAUCCUGAAGUCAUUUUCUGUUGACCCACCACACAGGGACAAGCUUGACUUCUGUUUCUUGUGGAGAGAAAACAAGGUCAUUUAUUUGAUUUUGCACCUCAGCCUCUCAUAGGAGCAUCGAGUAUGCGGUCUUUUCUCCCUGCAUUCAUCUUUUCUAACUGAGCAGCACAUCAAGGGUUAACUCUGGCUUCUGGGCCAAAUUAGAAAUAACCAGUCUAUCUUUCCUUUUUUUUUUUAAUGGUGAAAUGUCUCUCAGCGGAGUUGCAGCUUUCUCAGACCCUUUCAGCAUCUGUGUUUAUUACACUCGGGUGUCACUCACGUUUGACAUCCGCACCUACAUUUCCUCCUCCUCCCCCUCCUUCAGGCAGCCUAUGAUAACACUAAAGAUUAUUAAUGUUGGUUUUGUAUCUCAUUAGGACAGAAUUGUCACUUGUACUAUUUCUGUAGCAUUCAGCGUUGCUGUGGCUAACACUACUGUAUAUGUUUCAUCAGUGCUCUGAAGGUCAAAAGCCUCAUUUUAUUUUGCUGGUUUGAUUUUUUUAUUUUCUAAAGGAAAAAAAAAAAAACAAAAACUGCCCUGAAUUAAAUGGCUGUUUUAACAGUAGGCUCUUAGCAUUACACCACAUAGUCAUUUUUCAUGUUCUUGUUUAACAGGCAGUGAGGUUCUGGUUUAAAUUAAAUAGCUGCAAAUGAGACAAUUUAUAACCCAUUAGGUUGGGUGGAAAAUUGUUUCUCAAAAGCAAAUAAGUAAUAAAUCUGGUAUCUGCCUAUAACUCACAGUUGAUAAGAAAGUGGCCAUUACUCACUAGCAUUAUAUAUGAUUUGGGCUCUGGGUAAUUUGGAAGUGUUAGGUUUGUGUCUUUGCAACAGUAUUUUUAUUAGAAAAGAGUCCAUUGGCCUUUUACAGGGUAUUAAUCCCUUUGUCAUCUACCAUCGAUGCCUUACGGUUUUUGAGUCUCAUUUAAAAACCUUUUCUUGAUGCAUGACAAGUGUAAUCGGUACCUGCUCAUUUAUUUGUCUGUAGUUUUGCUGUAUUAUUUAAUUAUUUUUCCAGUGUUUUUUUUCU